AAAUGACGAUAUUAGCGGAGAUUAUAAAAUAUUUAUUAAAAAGCACCCAAAAUUUCAACUUAAUCGGUGAAAAAAAAUUUUUGGACUAAAAUUUUUUCGUGCUGAAAAUUUUCAAAUUUUUCAACAAUGCCCGUAUCACUUGAAAGCCCAGAAGCCCCACUUUUAAAGCCGAAUAUUUUUGGCUUUUUCCGUUACUUGCUCCGUGUUUCCCCUUACAAUUGCUCCCGGAGCAACCCUAUACGGUUUCUAUUCGUGAUUUUUUCUUUGCUAUCGUUUUUGGCAUUGAUUUUCCGCGCUUAUUGGAUGUUUUUUCAGAUUAGUUCUACGAUUUUAUCCCUCGGCUGGGCUGAAAGAAACCUCUACGCCUUUAUAUCAAUGGAAUCCUUUUCCUGUGUCAUUGCUCUUUACCGAAUGACAACCGUCGGCUCACUGGAAAAAUUCGAGCAAAGUUUGGCCAACUUGAAGAGAAUGAGAGUCACUGGGUACCAUGAGAGUCACGAUGAGUACGGCAAGCUUCGGCUGAAAAUUUUUCUUCUCAAAACUCCGAUUCCUGUGUUUUUCAUUGCCACUGCUAUUUAUUUGGUUGUUAAGCAAAAGAUUAUAGUUGAUACCACAACUCACAACAACUGGUACUACUUUUUCGACGCAGGAGUCAUGGCUCUUUGUGCAUACGUGAACUUUCUUUUCCUGCCAAUUCAUGCAUUAAUACAAAAUGCAAUUGCUAGAGAAUUCCAUGUUUUCAAUGAGGAAUUGGAAGGUGCAUCGAAGAAUAAGGAAUUGUUGAACCCUGCAAUUUUCCAAACAUUUGCCGACCGUCAGAUCAAAAUGUUCGAAUACACAAAUGCACUAACCACCCGGCUUAUGCCUUUCAUGAGUUCUGCUCCGUUUUUAAUAUUGACUGCUCUGGCUAAUGUAACUUUUAUUUUCACAAAUUUGGGCUCCUUAAUAGACACAUACUACUACAUUUGUAUGAUUGGAUUAAUGAUUUGUUGCAUUAUAAUUUCUUCUAAUUUGAUGUAUCCACCAGCUUUGGUUCAAGAAGCGAUGCUCCACACCUCCACAGUCCUUAUGGACGACCAGUAUGUCCAUCAUUCCAAAGAUCCACAAAUCUACACUACCUACCGCAGUAUGGUGGAUCGAUCAAUCAAUAAUCGCACAGUCAACCUAGUUGUCCAAAUUUUCAGUGUGAAUCGGAAAAAUAUUGAGAGAGCUUAUUUUGUUAUAACUAAUAUUGUGUUGCUUAUGACCGUGUUUUAUAAUAUUUUGGAUAGACUUCCAGUUGUGAAUUAAUAAAAAGUUGAUGUAAAA